AUCAUCGAGUCAUCAAUGUUAUUUUAUUUUAUCCCAUUGCACAAAGUCAAAAGCUUGAGGAGUUGAAACUUGAAAGGAGUAACCUUAAUUCUGAUUCUCCAACAAUGUCGUCUUCUCUCAAACUCAAAUCCUACACUGAAUACGAGACAAGAAAGAGAAACCCCGAUCCAAAGUCAUGUGCACUUUUGGUCAUCGACGUUCAAAACUACUUCUCUUCAAUCGCCACACCAAUACUCUCAAACCUCAACACCACCAUCAACCUCUGCAGGCAAUCUUCCAUCCCCGUCAUCUUCACGCGCCACUCCCACAAGUCUCCCUCCGACCACGGCAUGCUCGAGGAGUGGUGGUUCGGUGACCUCAUCAUCGACGGCACCUUAGAUGCUGAGCUUGUGGAGACGCUGGACCGCAAGGUUGAGGAGGACAUGGUGGUGGAGAAAACCACUUACAGCGCGUUUAGGAACACGCGCUUAGAAGAGAAGUUGUUGGAGAUGGGUGUGAGGGAGGUGAUAGUUACAGGGGUUAUGACCAACCUGUGCUGUGAAACAACCGCGCGUGAUGCUUUUGUUAGAGGGUUUAGGGUUUUCUUCUCUACAGAUGCCACUGCUACUUCUGAUAAGGAUCUUCAUGAGGCCACUUUGAUGAAUAUGGCUUAUGGUUUUGCCUACUUGCUUGAUUGUCAAAGGCUUAAACAUGCCCUUUCUUCUUAGACAAACUAAACCUUGUUGUUAUGUUUGACGAGGAGGGAUAUUCUCAGUACUAAAAUUUUUCAGUACUAACUUACUACCUAUCUAAUUACUAUUGGAUUAAUAUUUUUUUUUUCUUCAAAUUUUUUUUAACAUUCUCUCUCUUUAAUUCAAUGGUAAUUAGAUAGACAGUAAGUUGGUAGUGAAAACUUUUGAUAGUGAGAAUAUCCUCCUCAUGUUUGAUAUACCAAAAGUUUUUAUGUCAUGUUUGAUUUGUUGUGUUGGAAAGUGUAUGUGUUUGACAUGAAUUUAAUUGUGUAGGAAACUAUUGUGCAAUGUCUAAUGAUGAAUGAGUAUGAAAUAUUGCACCUAAUUUUGUGUGCUGAGUAUGAACUUUUGCACAAAUAUUGUGUUCUGCCCUUCUAAUUUCCAUGGCCAAUUCUCAGCCACUAUUUUAUCUGUUGAUUUGAAUUCCCCUUAAGUUAAUUUACAGACAUUAGUAAUUCCCUUUUUAGGCAUAUGUUGAUUCCCAAUCUUACCUUGUUGGAAGCACAAGGCUAAAGGCGUAUGAUUGAGAAACAUAUCUAUGUUAUGCCAUGCUGAUUUGGCAUUCAACAAGAGAGGGGGAAAAAUGAAAAGAAAACUUUUAUGAUUUAUUGUGAAUAAAUGAUUGAAUUAUAACAAUUAUUAUGCUAUGUCAUUCUAUUUUGUACAUGUUGGCUCUGAUAUUUAUAGUAACUUGAGCACACCCUUGUCUUGAGAAGAGUGUAGCAACACCUAAAACCAGAAAUACCACAAGUUGUUGGACAUCAUCAUGGUUGUCAUAUUCAAAUGGCAUUUGGGUAUUGUUAUUUGUUGUUUGCCAAAUCCAAUACUACAAGAUAAGAAAGUUGGCGUUUUUGUUGGGGAAUCCCUGCACUUUACUUAUUGGAUCUUAAUUGGAGAACUUUUGCAUUCUAAAGUUUUGGUAAUAAAGAUAAUGUUGUCUGCCAAAUCCAGUUCUACAAGAGAAGAUGCUAUGCAGAUGCGAUAUCAGAAAGCUGAAUUUGUCAAUGCAAUGCAGAAGCUGUAACUGGCAUGUGAUGCAUCUUCAUAAAAAAGGCAGAUAAGAAGUAUUUGUUUUGAUUUCUGAUAUGUAUAAUGCAGCUGCAGAUUUUAUAUUUGUGUUCCUAAUGUAUUAAUGCAUCUUCAUAAACAAUUCGAAAAGAAGGGCUGCAGUCCAUAUCUCUGUCUGUUUCUG